AUGUCACCAAAAGUACUAUUAAAACAAUUACAAUGGGGAGAUUACCUCAAUAAAGCAUUUGGAACUUCAAGUGAUCCCCAAGAAGCUCAAAGAGUCCAAAUUCACCAACAUUUUAUGGAUCUAUUUGUCCAUACCCAUGGUCUUUCAUACUAUACCUUCAUUUUUGCGUUCUUUAAAAAUUGUCCAGAUAUAAUAUCAAACAUCUCUGACCCGCUUGAAGUUCUUGUGAAAUGUGAGAUUUAUGAGGUAACAUUAAUUGACGAUGGAAUAAAUGCUGGCAAAUCACAAAUUAAUGGAACAUCCCAGUGCAGUACUAGAAUUAAGAGCGAAAAGGCAUUAUGUAUGUACAUCAGACGACCAAUGGUCGAUAUUCAACAAUCAUUUCGAAAGAUCUUGAGUGGUUUAAGAGAAGUAACACCAGGAAAUUCUUUGAGUCAACAUUACUUAACCAUUCAUGAGCUCACGUCUACUCAAUUGGUCAAAUAUGGGUUUUGCUUUACGAUAUUUAAACCUUGGCACAUGAAUAGACUCGGUGCAUCAGCCAUCAUAUUAAGAUUACUGGCCAAUAAAGAUUUGGGUAUGAACGAAUUGAGAUUAAGUGCAGCAUUUUGGAGAAAAGGCAAUUUCGAAUUGGGGUUGUUACAACCUGCUGAAUUUGAACCAAAAAGGGGUCUCUUGUCUUUGAAACAAAUGUAUGAGCCUCUAAUACGGGCUAGAAUGGGCUCAUCACUAGAAGUAGGUGGUCGAUCAAAUGAAGAAAACAAUGGUGUGCCUAUCAGCCUGGUUAACAAUUCUGAUAAUGCUAGUGAAAUCAGUUGCUGUGAUACUGCAGAUGCAGAAAUUGGAGCUGGAAGAAGAGCUGGUAAUGGCUGCAAUAAUGGUAGAUAUGGUACUAUUGAGUCUUCAGCUUCAAAUCUCAGAGACAAUGCUGUUGAAGCAGAGAAUCAUCUGAACAUUAGUGAUCUUGCGGAUGAUAGCAAUUAUGGGUGGAAAGGUCCGUUGAGAUUUAUUCCUGGGGAUAUCAGGUUGUUGGCCAGUAAUGAGUUUACAAGUGAAAAUGAUGUCGAUAAUCCGCCAUCAUACGAGGACACUAUUCGAAGGGAUGUAAUGUCUCGUUAG